UGCAUGGUUGCGAGACGGUGUCGUCUUUAGCCAUGAGGACGUUGACCUGUGUGCUGUUGCCAGACGCAGCACUACACAUAGCUAGCAUAGGCCAGAGGCAUUGACUGAUUCUGGCACUUACCUACCGUAGUAUAGCUCUGUGUUAUUGAGAGCAUCCGUCUUAGUCUACCUGCAGGGAUGCCUGAGAUUGUGGAUUUGCAUGGCACAAUGCAGGUACCGACGGAGUGACCCUCAGUUCGCAUGGCUGAUCCCGGAGUUACAGAGAAAGCCGGCCAUCUAUCUAUCUAUCUAUCUAUGUACAGUAUAGAUUAGGAGGAGCUCUGCAUGAGGCACCAAUACGAUAAUCUGUCUCGUGUACAUGAAGCUGGGCCCUGCUAUAGUUCUGUUCUUACAUAGUGCUACAAUCUAUCACUGCGCACAGAUUCGUCGUUCUCCUCCUUUCCUUGUAAUCAUCGGGGCAUCCAAUGGAUAUCACAAUUCCACUCCAACGGUAUCUAUCGUCAUAGCUAACUUACCACUUUCCUUCUUUGGUUUCCUGACGCUCAAAGAAGCUUCCUAGCAUGACUCCCAAUUCACGUUGUUCCCCCGGGAGGAGAUGAAUUCCAGGACGUCCGUGCGCAUAGCGAAGGUUGCAAAGGACCGCGACAUCGCCCGCUUGCCAGGGCAAGGGAAUGCCAAACAUGUCGUAGGCAUCCGUCCAUGCCUGCUUUUCCUCUAGCGUAAAGGGCGUAUCAUCUCCAAAGUACAUUUCCAAUGGGCGCAAUUCUUGAGGGACGUCCUUGAUUCCCGGCCACGAGUCGAACCAUUCUCCAUCAUCGGCAAUGCUGGUGGCCAUAAUGUUGCGGUCCAAACCAGGCACAUACUCAAAGGCGGACUUGUAGUAACGAGUCUGCAUCAUGUGACCACCACCCACUUGAGGGACCCAUUCCACGAGGAGUCCUUGUUUGUGGGCCGCCGCUUCGGCUUCCUCCGGAUCAUUGGUCAUCCAAGAUUGCUGCCAGUGAUUGUAAACAGUAAGCGAGGGAUUGUCAUGGUCCAACGCACCGAUAUCUCGUUCGCUGGUAGCGUCGGUCAUGCGACGUACAAAGCACAAUCCCUUUUCCUUGAGCUUUUGUCCCAAGGGAGUGGUCAUGAUGUAAUCGUGGGCUUGCACACUGUCCGAGACAAAGCUCCAUCCAACUUGAUCCCGCUGUACGGCAUGCUUGCAGAGGAAUCCUAGAGACUCGACCGAAUGAGACUUGUAGGUGACUUCGUGAUGAUACGCCAAUGCGGCUUCGAGGGGAGCACCAAUGUCAUAGACAUUUCCUAGAUCGGCAGCGCGUCCACGGGGAUUGGCGCCUCCUUCGUACUCGGUUUCUUCGCCCAUAAGGAUGCGGGCCAAUGUGCGUUGAUCGGCCAUGUUGGUGAGACCGGUAUUGUGUACAUGGACCAAACCAACGUCGUUGUACUUGUGUUGCAGUUCUUGGCCAAGGUCCGAAUUGGCAUGCAGAUCUGCCUUGGUGAUUUUGCCUUGUCCGUCCACCAAGAAACGAGCGGGAUCACAUACGGCAUCGUAUCGACCGGUCCACCAACGAGGAAUCACCACGGUUUGACCGGGUUCCAAAAUACUAUUGUUGGUCCUGCGAAUGGCAUUUUGGGCGUUAAUGCUCUUGGAAAUGGUGGACGAUGUCUUGCCCACAACCGUGGCGCGGGAAAUCUGAGAAGCGGCAACGGCGGCGGCCAUCUUAUUAGCUUAGCUGAGAAGCGAGAGACAAAGAAGGAAAGGAAAGCAGCAAGGGCAAGGGAGAUCAGAUCAGAUCAGAUCAGAUCAGAUCAGAUCAGAUAAGUGAGAUCAGUGAGAUGCUGUCAGAAAGAAAAAAGUGAAGGUUUGGGAAGGUUGUUGUUCUAAGAAAACGAGAUCCGAUAGACAGGAAUCUUCAAUUUCCUGGGCCGCUUUGGGCGAACUUGCGUCCUUCACAUGGUUUGCCUGCUUGCAUGGUGGUGUCAAACAAUCAACGGCUCGGAGACCACUGGUGCGCCUCAAUGGAUGUGCCUUGGAUGUCAAGCACUUCCGCAUCCCCUCUCCUUCUACCGGUCUGUAGUUUGGAGCCCUCCUGAAGAAAUUCCCAGUUCCAAUUCCUCGCUUGUAUUUUCAAAAAGAGUGAGAAAAAGUUUAGUGAGGCAGGUCUCGAACCAAACUUGAUGGCUGGGUCACGAGUUAGGCUUUAUGCAGUCAAUCAUGAAGAACAAGAAAGCAUCAAAGUUUGAGCAAAGAGUUAGCAACAGUGCCCCGAACCAUGUCAACGGUAAAAUUUUCAGCUACACGUGGAGGCAACAUACAUGCUCUCAGAUACCCAACACUGUCUGCUACUAGCUAGUAGCUAGUAGCUAGUCUAGUAUCUGUGGGUUUACCGAAAGAACAAAAAUCACCCACACUUUUUACAGUGAAACAUUCUGUAACCUGCCACGUGCAGAAUACUGGCUCAAGGACAAUUCCAGCAAUAAGACACCUCAUCGUGAUCAUGUUUGCACUGUCAUUGCCAAAGUUGGAAAUAUUACUGUCAUGCAGUGGGCACAGCAACAAGGAUUCCGUUGGAAUGAUCGGACAUGUUCCUAUGCUGCUAAGAAUGGACAUUUGGGAAUGCUCCAAUGGUUAAGAGAGAAUGGUUGUCCAUGGGAUGAACAUACAGCUUCCUCUGCUGCUACACACGGACAUUUGGAUCUUUUGCAGUGGGCUCGUGCAAAUGGUUGUCCGUGGAAUGAACGGACAUGUGCAUACGCUGCCCUAAAUGGUCAUUUGGAACUUUUAAAGUGGGCUCAUGAAAAUGGUUGUCCCUGGGAUGAAGGGACAUGUGAAUAUGCUGCCCUAAAUGGUCAUUUGGAAGUUUUAAAGUGGGCUCGAGAAAAUGAUUGUCCAUGGGAUGCAGACACAUGUGAAUAUGCUGCCUUUAAUAGUCAUUUUGAAGUGUUGAAGUGGGCUGGCGAAAAUGGGCGUCCAUGGAAUGAAGGGACAUGCAACUAUGUUGCUCAAAAUGGUCAUUUGGAACUUUUAAAGUGGGUUCAUGAAAAUGGUUGUCCAUGGAGUGAAAGGACAUGUGAAAAUGCUGCUCAAAAUGGUCAUUUGGAACUGUUGAAGUGGGCACGUGAAAAUGGGUGUCCCUGGGAUGAAGCGACAUUUGCAGCUGCCAGAAGAAACCUUGAAACUAACAAAAACGAAGUGAUUCAGUGGCUACGCGACAACGACUGCCCUGGGUCUCACGAUGAAGGACACUAAUAUAGCAACAUCAUUUAUGUGAACAACCAAACAAGUGCCUACAAUCUACAUGUACUAG